AUGUCCCUGAAAGCGUGGCUGGGUGUGGACAAAAUCCAGAAGUUCGGAAAAAUCGUCAAGGAGAUUGGCGGUGUGAAGGCGGUGCUCAGAAAGCGUUAUUUAAUGGACGUCACCCGAGUGGGAACCCUGGUCGGUUCGGACAAGUUCGGCAAUCGAUACUACGAGAACAACGAGUACUUCGUGCCACGCAAUCGUUGGGUCGAGUUCCCCGACAAGGUUUGGCUGGAUUACGAUGCGACUCAGGUGCCGCCAGAGUGGCACUCGUGGCUCCACCACAUCACCGACGACGCCCCAUCGGUCAAACCGCCACCAACUCAAUCGUUCGUCUUGGAUCAUAAGGAGAACACCACUCUGGAUGCCGACAAGAAGUACGUUCCCUACUCGACGACACGUACCAAAGUUCAAGGAUGGACCCCGGGACAGAAGCCACAAUUCGACUAG